AUGGCUGUUCUGUUUUCUCAGUCCGAGCUCCACUGUGGCUUUAUAUGCUGCCGUGAAGCUGUGGACUCAUUUUUCAUUGGGCAUUACUUGUACAUUAAUAAUCCUGCUGGUGAAGUGAAUUUGGAGUACUUGGAAAGCAAGCUAGAAUCUUUGGAUGGUGAAGAGUUAAUGAACAUUAAAGACAAUAUAAACAGUUUAUUUCAGCAGUGUAUCCUGGCACUAGGAGAAGAACAUCAGAUUAAAGUGGUCAAUGCUUUACAGACACUGUGUGCUCUGAUUCGAGGAGUUCAUCAGAAAAACAAGUCUUCCUCUGGCUUUGAUAUCAUCAACAUGCUGAUGGGAUUUGACAAGGCAGAAUUGCGCAUGAAGAACUUGAUGGAAAGCCUUGAUUCUAUUCUGUGUGGAGAGGCUUCAGAAAGCCUUAAGAGUCUGUGCUUGAAGCUCCUACUUUGCUUAGUGACGGUAACAGACAACAUCAGUCAAAACACUAUUCUGGAGUAUGUUAUGAUCAAUAGCAUAUUUGAAGCCAUUUUGCAGAUCCUUUCUGAUACCCCAAGCAGACGAGUGCAUGGCCAUGAUGCUGUGGUUCUCCUUGCACUACUUGUCAACUAUAGGAAGUAUGAGUCUGUCAAUCCCUACAUUGUGAAGUUGUCAAUUGUAGAUGAUGAAACUACUCUAAAUGGUAUGGGUCUGGUCAUAUCUCAGGCUCUUGCGGAAUACAACAGGCGGUACAGGGAAAAGGAAGAAGAAAACCAAGGUGGCUUUUUCUCUACGUUCACCAGCAUGGUGGGUAACAUGUUUAUUGCUGAUGCUGACGAGAAGAUCUCUGUUCAAACAAAUGAAGCAAUUCUUUUGGCACUAUAUGAAGCUGUUCACUUGAAUAGAAACUUCAUCACUGUCCUGGCACAGAGUCACCCAGAAAUAGGCUUGGAAUCACCUCCCGUGUCACUUGUUCCUACAACACCAACAACUCCAUUGGGAACCACACCACCUUCUUUAGACAUAAUGGGCACGACUGAGCUACCUCUCGAUCCUAAUAUGCAGACGAGCAAUCUGCUAAUCACUUUUCUGAAGUACUCUUCCAUCGUUAUGCAGGACACCAAAGAUGAACAUAGAUUAAAUAGUGGCAAACUCUGUUUGAUCAUCCUCACCUGUAUAGCAGAGGAUCAAUAUGCAAAUGCAUUUCUGCAUGAUGACAACAUCAAUUUCCGGGUGAAUCUUCAUAGAAUGCCUAUGCGACAUCGAAAGAAAGCAGGAGAUAAGAACAUCCCUUCACGGCCCUUGGUGUGUGCUGUAUUAGAUCUGAUGGUAGAAUUCAUAGUGACUCACAUGAUGAAAGAAUUUCCAAUGGAUCUCUAUCUGCGAUGUGUUCAGAUUGUUCACAAACUCAUCUGCUACCAAAAGAAGUGCCGGGUGAGGCUGCAUUACACCUGGAGAGAACUUUGGUUAGCCUUUAUCAGUCUUUUGAAGUUUUUGAUGUCCAAUGAGACAGGUCUGUUGGCAAAGCACAACAUCUUUACUUUAACGUUGAUGGUUGUAAAUUUAUUCAACAUGUUUAUCACAUAUGGAGACACAUUUCUACCCACCCCCAGCAGCUAUGAUGAGCUUUACUAUGAAAUAAUCCGUAUGCACCAGGUCUUUGAUAACCUUUACUCCAUGGUUUUGAGACUAUCUACAAAUGCAGGGCAGUGGAAGGAGGCAGCUAGUAAGGUGACCCAUGCCUUAGUUAAUGUUCGUGCCAUCAUCAAUCACUUCAAUCCGAAGAUUGAAUCAUAUGCUGCACUGAAUCACAUCUCACAGCUUGCAGAAGAACAGGUCCUUGAAGUAGUACGCUCCAACUAUGAUACGCUGACCCUCAAAUUACAAGAUGGACUGGACCAGUAUGAGCGGUAUUCAGAGCAACCCAAAGAGGCAGCCUUUUUCAAAGAAUUGGUACGUUCCAUAAGUAUAAAUGUACGGAAAAAUGUUGCCUUGAAUACUCUGAGCCAAGAGGUGCUCCUGAGGGAAUUCUCAACUAUUUCUUGAGACAGACCGAAUCUGUGAAUUAAGAACUGCCACAGAUGGAAAAAAGAAAGAGAUGCACAGAGGCAAAUACUGCUGUCUCAUUUUGUAGGUUCUUUCUGUGCGUUUAGAUUGUGACACCAAAAACAUCAGCUUCCCUGUCAGAGGAACGGAUUCCAGCAUGGCAUUUUUGGCUUCCAAAAAGGUUACAGCUCUGUGGUCAGAGACAGCACCAGUGUGACUUGUUAUUAGCCUGAGCUAUGUGAAGUCAUCCCACUCUUAUUUUCAUUUCUGGAUUUUGUUGGUGUGGCCUUGGAAAUGACCGGUUUGAAAGUGUAGGAUAUUAUUACAAAACUGCAUCAUUUUUGCAUCUUUUUAUAGCCAGUCAACUGCUGAAAGUUCCAAGGAUGGACUAAUACAUCAGUUAUACUUACAUCAUUAAAGGCAAAGUUUCUCUGCAUUGUGUUUGAGUAUUGAGAAAUUAAUAUUUGGUAACCAGGAACUAAAAUGUGUGAAACUGAUGUGAAUGCUUCUGGAGUGACAUUUUUUUUUUUAAACUGACAGUGUUUCUGGAGUGACAUUUUUUUCUGAACAUAGCAAAUCCUGUUUUUCUCCUCAUAAUAAAAUGUUCUCUGUGAUCAGCCA